AUGAACCACUGGAAAGAUCAUUGGGUGUAUUGGGCAGGACCACUGACUGGUGGGAUAGUAUCUGGAUUACUGUAUGAAUAUAUAUUUGAUCCAAGAAGAAGUCGAAGGAAGCCUGCCAUACCGCCAGAAACAUCGUCAUAUCCAGACUUUGAGGAUAAUGAUGAUAUCACCAGCAUUCCACAGCAAAUGCCUACAUCCCCAAAUCACGCAACGCAUUAUAAUAACACGAAUUACGGCAACGGAGUCGCAGAAACUCGCUGCAGUACUCAUUGUGCUGAAAACCAUUACACCGCCCACUUACGUAGCCCUGAAAGACAUUCUAGUCAUUCCGAUAUGACUUACGAACCAGUCGGAAGACGGAGCUUCGGCGGCUACAAUCCGGUCAACACGGACACACCCGGACUCGAAAACGAAGCGUACCAAGCCUUUGAUACAAACCCCCGUCGUAUUCCACCCCCACCGCCAAGAAAUAAACAUUAUAAGCAACGUAAUGAGGAAAUUUCAUUGGAUGAUGUUAGCGUGUAUCAAGGGCGUCAUGGAUGACAUGUCACGUGACAAAAUAUUGACCUAGUUGAUCUCGAAUGCAUGUGCAUAUGAACGUGCAUUAUAAGAAGUAUUAGACUGAAACCCGAACAUUAUUUCAUGUGGGUUUAACGAUGAUUUGUGGGAAAAUAGAAUGAAUUCAGAAAACUGGAUGUGGGAACUGGCUCAUUUUGGAAAGGCCCGCUACUCUGGAGACCAGUCCAGACUUACUCAUUUAAAAAAGGACAGGUUCGUAGUGAAGCCAUGACUUGAAAUUGAAUUUUAAAACGAAAGGAUUGAAGUUUAUUUUAAGGAAAGAUUGAAGAAUCUAGAUUGAAUUGCUUCUCAAUACAGUUAACCACAUAAAUGAGAGGUUUCGUGGUAAAAUCCACGUUUACAGAUUAGAAUCCGUCAGAUAUUGAACGAAAAAUCAAAAAGAAUUGGCAGAUUCAAGCUAAUUGGCGGAAAAGUUUUCGACAAUUGAGUGUGAAAUUCGUGUUUCUGUUUGAUUAAAUUUCAAAUGUAAUGUAAAAUUGU